AUGGAGGAAAUCUUCGCACCACCCCCUCAGCCCGCCACCCUUCUGGGCCGCUACCGUGUGCUCUCCUCGACCGCCGGUAUCCGCGUGUCCCCUCUCCAACUGGGCGGCAUGUCCAUCGGCAAUGCCUGGAGCAAGUUCAUGGGCAGCAUGGACAAAGAGCAGUCCUUCAAGCUGCUCGACGCCUACGUCGCCGCGGGUGGCAACUUCAUCGACACAGCCAACAACUACCAAGACGAGCAGUCCGAGGCCUGGAUCGGCGAGUGGAUGACCGCCCGCCAGAACCGUGACCAGAUGGUUAUCGCGACCAAGUUCACCACCGACUACCGCAGCUGGCAGCUGGGCAAGGGCAAGGCGCCCAACGCCACGGGCAACCAUAAGCGCAGCAUGUUCAACAGCGUGCGCGACUCGCUGCGCAAGCUGCAGACCGACUACAUCGACGUGCUGUACCUGCACUGGUGGGACCACACCACCUCCAUCGAGGAAAUCAUGGACUCGCUGCACAUCCUGGUCGAGCAGGGCAAAGUCAUGUACCUGGGGAUCUCGGACACACCCGCAUGGGUGGUCUCCGCAGCGAACACGUACGCGCGGGCGCACGGCAAGACACCCUUCUCCGUGUACCAGGGCCGGUGGAACGUGAUGCGGCGCGACUUUGAGCGCGACAUCCUGCCGAUGGCGCGGCACUUUGGCAUGGCACUGGCGCCGUGGGAUGUGCUCGGCAGCGGCCACUUCCAGACGGCAAAGCAGCUGGCGGCGCGCAAGGCGAGCGGCGAGGGCCUGCGCAGCGUCAUGGGCGCGGAACAGACCGAGGAGGAGCGGCGCAUCUCGGAGGCUCUGGAGAAGGUUGCGGCUGAGCAUGGCACCGAGUCCAUCACCGCUAUUGCGCUGGCGUAUGUGAUGUGCAAGGCGCCGAUGGUGUUCCCCAUUGUGGGCGGCCGCAAGAUCGAGCACCUGCACGAUAACAUCCAGGCGCUGUCGAUUCACCUGACGGAGAAGCAGCUCCAGUUCCUCGAGUCUGCGACGGAGUUCGAUGUCGGGUUCCCCAACAACUUUAUAGGUCCCAACCCCGCGACUACGGAUGGACAGACUGGCUUGCUCCUCCGAACGGGUGGGUAUAUUGACUAUGUGAUGGCUCCUAAGGCAAUUGGAUAUCAGCCUGGCAAUUAA